CAUGCGCAUAACGUUCCGUGACACCAGUUCGCGUUAAAACUGUUUCCACGUUAGCGUUACAUUGACCACGUGUGUGUCUGUUGCAAUUAUUUUACUAAGUAACUGUGUUGAAGUUACUGUGAUUAAAUUAAUAUUUUGCUUGGUCUAACAAGUGGUAAUAAACAAUAGUAUUGAAAGUGAGAAAAAUGAGCAUUAAAAAGUAUCAAAUUGUUGAGUUUGUGGACGAACAAAAAAAUGAAACAUUUUUUUUUUAAUGUGUCCCGUCCAAGUGGGUGACCUAUGAUCAGGCACAAAGAUCUUGUGUAUGCAAAUUUAUGCCUCCUCCAUAUAACGCUACAUCAAGAAUAAAAUUAAAUAAACUUAUGAGUAAUAAUGCAGAGGCACCAGAAUCUUGGUUAUCAUAUCCGGUUUAUUUGAGAGGCGAAGGAGCUACGUUAAAAGAGACAAAAAAAAAUUACGUGCAAUUCUUACUAAGGAACAGGCAUAUUCUUACUCUACCGACAAUGAUGACUAUGCGAAAGAAAAGGCAGUAAAAUGUAUGAAACUUUUUGAAGAAAAGGCGAAGAAAAAGAAUGGAAACACGGCUGAGAAAAUUUUAUAUGAUGAUGAAAUCAAAGAGACAUGUAAUGAAACCUAUAUUUCAAAUGAAUCCUCCUGUACUUCUGUAACUUCAAGUGACCAAAGUGGACAUAUAAGUAAAUCAUCAAUUCAAACUAAACCAAAAAAAGAUGUAAGAAGGAAGGUGGACGGUCAGGGAGAUACAAAAGCUAUUUCAAAACCUUAUACUUCAGCAAAAAAACUUGUUAAAAACAUUAAGUCGAACAGUAUUCCAGAAACAUCUAACACUGAUGAAUCAAGUGACGCGAUUACAUCCUCUGAAAAUGAGAGGCACGCAGAAAAUGAACAAAAUGUCACACACAUACAACAUACAGACACAGACAUGACAUUUUCGAAAGAAAUUCUUUUACUUCAUAAAGCAAUAAAAUCAUUGACCGUCGAAGUAUCAAUGCAAACUGAGGAAAUAAGGAAAUUGAAGUUUUGCAUUGACAAUACAUUGAAAGUAAAAAUAGAUGCAAUAACUAUAGAGAAGUUUGUUGAAAAACAUAACGUAAUGCUUAAAUUAUUAAACAUUGAACAACUGGAAAAUUUUAAUGAAAAAUUAUCUGCAGGUGGAGAAUUUCUUUCUGAUUUUAAAUCAAGUCUCGGUUAUCUGGUUCAAGAAAAUAUGUACAAAUCUAUACUUGUUAUUUUGAAGAGAUUAAUGGACAGAGGUUUGGCUGUACAAUGUACUGCGGUUUGCCAACGCAAGAAUAAAUAUGUUUUUAAAGAUACAGAAUUAUAUAAAAUUCUAUUUGCUUCUAUUUGCAACAGUUGUGCAACCGAAGGCAAACUGGUAACGGAGAAAGAAUUUAAUAAAGCUUUAGGAAGUAUCUUUAAUAACGCCAAAGAUUGGGAUGGCCAAAGAAAUGUGCGUCGACUUGCAACGUCCCAAGUAUCUAAUACAGAUAAUUAAUAUUCGUGUUAAUUUUAUUUUAAUAAUUUUAUUUAAAAAAUUUAAAUUAAUAAUGCAAUAUUCGUUUUAAUGUUAGCAAUAUAUUUUAUUUUAGUUUCUGAUAUUUCCUUAUAUUAUUCAAUUUAUUAUUUUAGAUACUUAAGGAGACAUAGGACUUUUUCAGUGUAAAAAAAUAUGCCUUUCUCAUGAUUGAUUUUUGGAAAGGAUCUAAAAGUACAAGGAUCGGGUUUUUUUGGAAAUUAAAGUAUAUAUUUUUGACUAUUAAUCACAAUUUGGUACUUUAAAUUGCACUGAAAAAUGUUCCUAUAGUCCCUCCGCCUUAGACACGCCGCAUUUUGCCAUACUAGAAAUAUCUGCGACCUGACCUUGAUCUGAAUCGAUCUCUUGAUCUGAAUCGAUCUCUUGAUCUGAAUCGAUCUCUUGAUCUGAAUCGAAAAGUAUAAAAAGUGUUCUAUAGUAUAUUUAAAAUUCUUCUCUAUUGGAUGGAAUUUUAAAAUUUUUAUUUUUAACAAAAUAGCGGAGCUUUGAAAAAACAAAAGUUAGAAAAUUAGAAGUUUUAAGGUUUAAAAGUCCGCCAAUUGUUAAGAAUCAAAAAUUUGAAAAUUUUAUCUGAUAGGGACUAGAAUUUUGAAUAUAUUUUAAGACCCCUUUUAUACUUUUCGUUUCAGACAAACUAGGUCGGAUAUAUUUCUAGUAUUGCAAAAUAAGGCAUAUCUAGGGUGGAGGAGCUGCACAUACAGUAUUUUUAAGGAUAAUUUAAAAUACAAAAUUGUGAUUGAUAGUCAAAAAUGUUUGUUCACUACAAAAAACAAUUCUUACAGCUUGUAUAACAUUAAAAAAAAAUCAUGGAAAAGGCACAUUUUUAUAUUAUUUUAUUUUUGACUUUUUUUGAUACCAAAAAGGUCCUGCUGACCUCUUAAAAUACGUUUUAUAUGUUUAAAGAUCAAAUUAUGUUGGCUAAUUUACGUUAAUAUAUGUAUUGUUUAUUUUAUGUUUUUCUAAUAUAGUCAACAUACAAUUUGUAGUACAAAUUUUAGUACAAGUUUAUAUAAUACAAAUAUAUAUAUAUAGAGCAUUAAAA